AGGGUGCUUGUCAGGCUGUUUGCUUACAGAUGCAUCAUAAGCCAAAUUGUGAGCCAUGAUAGUGGCACUGAAUUUCUAAAUACAAGAAAUUGCUUAGACAAUUGGUUUAGUAUCUGUAUAUGGGCAAUACUCUGUCCUGCAGUAGCUGAAUAGCUGAGAAAAGAGACCAUGUUUCUACUUUUAGAAGGAAAAAAAAAAUCAAUGCAAAGGAGAGAGAAACAAGGCAGCAUGUCAGCUGAAACACCAAUCACACUGAAUAUCGAUCCUCAGGAUCUGCAGGUCCAAACAUUCACUGUAGAGAAGCUACUGGAGCCUCUCAUAAUUCAGGUUACCACACUUGUAAACUGUCCCCAGAACCCUUCCAGCAGGAAAAAAGGACGUUCGAAAAGAGCCAGUAUCCUUCUAGCUUCUGUGGAGGAAGCAACUUGGAAUUUAUUAGACAAGGGAGAGAAGAUUGCCCAGGAAGCUACAGUUUUAAAGGAUGAGCUUACGGCUUCACUUGAGGAAGUUCGCAAAGAAAGUGAAGCUCUGAAAGUAUCAGCUGAGAGAUUUACAGAUGACCCCUGUUUUCUCCCAAAAAGGGAGGCUGUGGUUCAAGCUGCCCGUGCCUUGCUGGCUGCAGUGACGAGACUCCUUAUCCUUGCGGACAUGAUUGAUGUCAUGUGCCUCUUGCAACAUGUGUCAGCUUUUCAAAGGACAUUUGAGUCUCUCAAAAAUGUUGCCAACAAAUCCGACCUCCAGAAAACCUACCAGAAGCUUGGGAAGGAGCUGGAAAAUUUGGAUUAUUUAGCCUUCAAACGUCAGCAGGUAGGGGUCAGAGCUCUCCUUGGUGGAGGAGAUGAACACUUUAGGCUUCCUGCCAUCCUGCCUGUCACAGGUGCAG